ACAUCCAUUAUACUAUGAACAUAAACAAGUAGAUUUCUGAAGCCGAUCCCUUCACACUUACAAACAAAAAAUGUAGCCACAAAGCGAUCUUUGAAUGUGAAGGUUUAGAUAAGGAGAAAGUCAGCCAUUCCACACACUACCAACAACACACACACAGCACAUGCAGUACACACCAUUCUAGAACACAUUCCGUGCAGUCAGGAAGUAUCAGCAUAUCAAUCUGAAUAUAGUCUACUUUAAUAUAGAUCUAGUAAAUAUCGAAUCUAGACCUACAUUGGCUACAUCUUUAUGAUUCCAUAUUGUUUUGGUGCAGUAAAAAAUAAUGCAGCAGUAAACAAGGUAUUUCAAAAACAAAAUAAAAAUGAAUGAGUUGUGAAUGACUUUAAGGCAGCAUGUGAGGUGGAGGCUAUGGAAAGUCACAUCUAGAAGUAGGAAGGUUUUAUCUGCGCUAGUUUUUUUUUUGCAGGGCAAGGUGAUGGUGACCCUGCUACAAAUGUUAGCCCAUACUUGCUCCAUUCAAAUAUCACAGACGGCAAUCUUCAAAUGCACCUGUUUCUCCAAAAGUUUAGCAAGUGUAGCUUAAAAUCGAUUGCCAAUUUGAGACGCUAUGAUUGGCAUAAAAUAUCAACCUUAUGUCUUCGAUAAAGUGUUUUCUGGUCCGAAUAUUUAAAUAUUAGCAAUAGUAUUGAUCUCAGUCUGAACAGAGUUUCCAGAUUGAAAAGAAGCACUCAAUGAGAAGACACAUUCCCAGAAACAUUGAAAACCGCAAGAUAGUGUACACCCUAAUGGAAAGUGUUCAAGCAACUGGUUAGCAAAGAAAAGGAAGAAACUCUCCACAAGAAGAAGUAAAGAAAAAGGAAAUAAAUUGAUUUCUAUAUAGGUCAGAGACAACUAUUUCUUGAAGAACACAAGCAGACACAUUUACAAUUAAGAUAGACAGUAUGUAGACCUCACCACAGAGAAGAUAGUAGUUAAAGUGAGAUGUACUAUUCAAACAAGUAUUACAUGGUACCAUAUAGUAGUUAAAGUGAGAUGUACCAUUCAAACAAGAAUUGGAUGGUACCAUAUUGUAUUUCUACAAAAAUGAUAGUCACAAGAGAACGCAUUUCAUGGCUUCUCAAAAUAUUAUCACCCAGUGCCACAUUUACAAAAUAUUUGGUAACUAUAGAUGUUUAGAAUAUUUGUCAAAGUCAAUGUCUUUGAUGAAAUUAAAAUAUUUGGUGUGACAUGUAGCAAGGUCAAGGUCAUUAGAUAGAAGAGAACGUAGACAUAUAUACAGGAAAGAAAGGAUGGAAUAUUCGACCCAACUCGUGAACUAUUCGCAAUUAAUUGCCAAAUUAGAGAUGACAAGAAUGCAAUAUGUAUGGUCAGGCCUAUGUGGCCUAUGUGGCAUGGAGAUAAUGCAAGAGACUAACAAACCUACAAAAAAUUACUUUGAUAAGUAACAUCUUCAAAAAGUAGAUACCUAUAACAGAAUGGGGUGAAAUUUCUGGCUUUAUCAGCAACUUCCUUAGUAACUGAAUCUCACCAUAUAACACUGCACCACCUAUCACAUCGAGUCAGGUUUAUUUUACGGGGGUCAAAGCUAGAGUUGUCCAAAAAAAAAGGUCUCUCGUAUUUUUGAGUCUUACUGGAGCAAUGAACGGUAAUGCCAACUCUGAACACUGCAAUGUCAUAUCAACUGAGCCUACUGAGCAGAUGGUUGGUACGGACGUGGUGCAAUGCUAGUCAAUAGUGUUUGAAAUAAUGUCAACAAAGGACCGGCAAGAAGAAAUCAACAUUCUAUCAAAAGACAAGAAACAUAAUCGUAGACAAACAGACAAAGGUCAAGGCCAUUCGUUUAAGCAUAAAGAGAGCAGAAGAGAGCAAGCCAGAAAACAAUCUCAAUUCUACAUCGAUUCUUUCAAGCAAAAUAAACGUUUAAGCUCCGCCUGGGCCAAUGACAUCAGCGCCAAUGAACAUGACGAUGCCGUGGAGUUGUAUGAACAAGCGCUUCUGGACGACCACAAGACUAAACUCUCAGAAACCUAUCCUAAAGAGUAUUCUAAAAUAUAUACUUAUGAGAUUGACUUUGAUGAUGACGACUAUAUGCCUCCCAUUGUGAAACGCAAGCCGCCCAGCCCAAAGCCAAAGACAAAGGUUGUUGUACAAGUCCCAGAAGAACGAAAACCUUCUGAGUCGUCUGCCUCUACCAGCACAGUAGCAAGAGUGAAACAGAAGGCGACUCCAGAAUCUGAGCCAGAAUCGCAUGAUGAUUAUGAGGAGCCAAAAGAGGAGGUCAUUGCUAGCCAGGCCGAUAAUUUCUACGAGCCCAAAGUUGAGGUCAUUCCUACUCAGACCGAGAGUUUCUACGAGACCAAAGAAGAGGACAGUCCGACUGAAACGGAUGAGGCCAUUCCUACUCAGACGGAUGAUUCCUACAAGACAAAAGAUGCCACCAUUUCAUGCCGAACUGAAGGUAAAUCUAUUUUUACUUCCAGCUCCGAUGAAUGUCAGUCUAGCUUGCCCCACGAAACUAGUCUUGUUUAUCACCCACCUAGGGAAAGACAACUCUAUGGCACACUUUCUUGUCGGUAUUGUAAGAAUGAUUGUGCUUCCAGCCCCGUUCAAACGUCGGAUAUCAGUUCAAUGGCCAAACAAAGUCUUCAGGAAGGUCAACAAGAGUGGACAGAUCCCCAUUCCUCUAGUCCGUUGUUUGAAUCCGAAGGUCUCGAUCUCAGUUCCAAAACUUCAGUUCGGCAUGCAGACUCUAGUCGUCAGUACAAAGUGGAAGUGGAGCCAGCACCAAGACACUUGACGUCACCAACCAUGAAGGUCUCCCAGUGUCGCAGUUCCCCGGUGAGAAGUUUUUUGUUUGGCAGUGGUGUGGAGAUACCGGUAGAUAGUAAUGAAAAUGAGAAAUUGUUACCAAAGGGACCUCUCUGUAGUCAAACAAAUGGCAAUAGAGAUAGUGAUGAUACAUAUUGCAAAUGUGACAUUUGUGAUCAGAAAUAUUCUAAAAUAAGGCAACUUAACGAGAGCCCCGAUACUUACAAGAGUCAGCAGUUGAAAUCAUUCGAUGUCAAGUCGCAUUCAAAAAGACAACGUGAGUUUGAACACUUUCAACCAAAUGAAACAUGCACUCUUAUAAACUACAAGGAGGAUCCUUCGUGUAUGGAGGAAUUAGGUCCGUUAAGAAGUGUUCUAGAUAAUGACCUUAGACAAACCACGGAGUACGACAGAUUUUACUGCCCAUUAUGCGCGAGAUCACCUAAAGAUAUUUUCUUUCCCACAAAAUCACUCAAGAAAUGUAUACAGCCUUUUCCAGACAUGGCCAAAUAUCCACAAGUUUCACAGCCGUACUGUGCUGCUUGUGAAACCAGUUCACCUGAUAGCAAGCUAAUGAGACCUUUGUUUAGUUGUGCUCAAGAAGAGCAAGAAAACACUGGUCCUUGGAGAACAUUGAAUUAUCCAAAGAAAGAAUGCCAAGUAGAUGCUGGUUCUCAAUGGUUUGAGACUAUGGAGAAUGAACCAAAAGAAGAUCCCUGUUUGAAAAAACAGGAAGAGACUGACAAUCCAUUCCAAGAGCACAUUGAACGCAGCUAUUAUGCAAGAAAACGAACUAAGCUUCAAGAAGCGAUGGAUUCUAAAAGGUAUGGAAAGAUAACUUGCAGCUUCACACAAUAUGCUGGGAAUAUCAAACUCAUGACUAAUGAAUGCAAAGAAGGUAUAAUGUUAAGAGACUUUGGAGUACCGAAUGACGAGUGCCCAGUUGGGAGACCUACUUGUUCUACUCAUCAUUUCUCCAGUACAAAUAAAGAUUUUCGUGACAAUUCUGUUCCCAGAAAUUACACUACAACAAAUACUUGUUUUAAAACGUUUCAAAACCAAGAAUACAACUUGAAAGAAGAUUCAUCUUUGACAGCGUGUAAAUGUAGUCAAUCUAAACCUGGCAAGGAAAACACAUAUCAAAGAUCUCUAUUAUUUGAACCUGACUGUUGGCACCGACCAAGUGAUGAGGGGGGCUGCAGCAACGGAGAAACGAAUGAUUAUUUAAAUUACCGAGGCAUAGACAGUAAAACUCAGCGAGACAUUAAUGAAGAUAAAUGCCAAGAGGUCGAUACUGUCUAUUCAAUUGAACACCAAGAGAACGCAUUCAAAGAAGGCACCAGUACCGGGAGGUAUGUGAGCAUGAACGAGAAAUUCUCUGAAGACAGUAGUAGCUCUAAAAGACGUCGAGAGAAAUGCAAAGAAAGCAGGCAUAAGCGUAACAAACAAUUUGGCAGUGACAUAGACACAGCGAGAAAGUCACAUACAUCUGCUGAAGGCGGUCCUCAAGUUUGGGAUGUCGACGGUUGCAGCAGGUGGAAGUACGGCGAAGCUGAUCAAUAUUCAAACUCCAAUCUCUACAAACACACAAGUAAAAAAUUUAAACAAUGUUCUGAGUUUUCUGAAUUUUCUUGGCUAGGAAAACCUGUCCAAAUAUUUAAAUGUAUUUUCAAUGCUCGUCAGGAAACGUUGAGUGGCGGUGUGUCCAAAAUACAAACAAAUAGCGAAAUAAACAACUUACAAAUAAAUCUAUAAAUAGUUUUUCUAAAA